AUGGCGAUUGCCAGGAUAUUUUUCCAUGGCGAGGAGACGCACAUCGGCUGCAAAAUCGAGCAUCAGCUCGUAAAACAUUGCGGGCUAUCAUCACCUGCUUCAGGAUUGCCCCAACGCUCAACGCUGUGCGCAGGCUCUCUGAUAUUCGUGCGAACGCGCGUCGCUGUCUGCCCAGUCAUCCAGCACUCCGACCUUCCGAAUGUCCCCACUUAUAAGGUCAACGCAUCUCCAUCUCUCCUCCCCACUACCACGUCCAACGACGUCGCACGCCGCCAUCUCGUUCGGAACCUGUCGCCGUUGACCGUGUUUGACGUGUCCGAGGUCGCUACGACCCUCGUCGAAUUGCUCGGCAAGAAGGCGCAGGAUCACUGUUCCCGGAUGGUUAAGCAGACGCAGAAGGACGCGCUCGAGAAGGCCGCCGCCGCUCCCACUGGCUGUUCUCAUCCGGCGGGUCUCAGCGCGGACCGCACUCAGCGCCUCGUCGACCUCGGCGCGUUCACGUCAUCACGGUCGAGCCCGGUGGUGGAGACGAACCCUUCGGCCUCGGCGUACACGCGGUCGUAG